CGCGCGUUCGACUUGCACCAUCAUCGUCACACGGAAGUCCAAUACCAGCGCUCAAUAAGGGUCCAGGCAUCGACAUCCCAUAUACCGGACUACAGAUCAAAGGCAUGUAUCCUACUAUGGAUCAAUCCGACGCUUUGUGUCGCGCCCAAGCCGUGGCCAACAACCCUCUUCAUCGCUCAGCAUACGUACCCAAUGACAGCGAGGCCGUUGUGAUCAAGAAAGCGGCGGACGAGCUACGCGGCAUAGAUGUCCAGAUCGCCGAGCAGAUCAACAGCCUCAUCCAACAACAGGCGACCGUCCGAGGGCAAAUCUCGGUGCAUGAUGCCCUCUUGUCACCAUGCCGUCGCCUCCAUCCCGAAAUCAUCUCGCUGAUAUUCCUCUUGGCCGUCCCGGACGACUGGGAGGAAGCGUACGUCGGACGACGCAGUCUCAACUUCGCGCGCGUGUGCCAUCCGUGGCGCGAGAUCGCGCUCACGACGUCUCGGUUGUGGUCGAAGCUUAGAUUUGAUGCUCUAACGAACUGGCAAACCUUCAGAGAGGAACCGUCCUUGCUUGCAGCAGAACUCGAAAGGACGGCCCAAGUAUCUUUGGAUAUAGACCUCCAGAUGCGCUACGGCUACGCCACCCUCUGGCCCGAUCACCCCACAGCAGAUGAACUCUGGGAGAUCGACGAUGCGUGGAGGAUACUUUGUGCCCAAUCUCACCGAUGGGAAAGGGCGACACUCGAUUGCUUGCCGGUGCACAUUUACGAGAGCAUGGGUCGCCGUCUAUUUCCGGCCUUGAACAAUCUCUCUUUUCGCGUAGAUGAGCGCAGCAAUACCGCCAUACAACUGCCGCUCCACUCGUUCCGACAUGCACCCAACGUGACUUGUCUCUGGAUUGACUAUAAGUCACCCGUCCCAACCUUCGAGAUACCACGCAUGUGGUCUAUCGUCGACCUAACUAUCAUCUGCGUCGACUCCAUCACAGUCAGCCCCGAACCGUCCCUCGACGCAUUCAUGGCAUGCAGCGCUACCCUACGCUCUUGCCAUUUCGCUGCCGACGAGAAGUUCAACGAGCGAGCCAUUCCCUCGAGGCCAACACUCUUCCCUGCUUUGAAGGAUAUCCAUUUCAACAACAAUGCCGUCUUCCUCUGCUACCUCAUAUCGGCUCCCAAUGUGGAGAAGCUGCACCUCUCUGGAUAUUCUUCCUAUAACCAGUUCGAGGCCUUGCAGAGCAUGCUGGACCGCUCGAGGGAGUGUAAACAUCUGCGCAUCUUCGCUCUGUCUCAAUUGGACCCCCCAGCAGCGGAGCCGAUAAUCGAAUGUCUGCGUCGUCUACCGUUGCUCACAGAUGUCACGCUCACGGAAGACGCCCUGCAGGAGAAUAUCGAGUUCCCCCUUAUCACAGUCGACCUGAUUUCGGCCCUGGACCGCUCUAGCGGGGGGACUGGAGCUAAAUUCCUCUUACCUAACCUAUCACGCUUGGAGAUGGACUUUGGAGGCCGUGAAUGCAGCGCGGAACAGGAGGAUUCACUUCGUGAUGCCAUAUACGCUUCAAUACUCUCUAGAGAUGGUCCCUUGGAAGUGGAUGGUGUGACAUUGCAACCUCUGCAAUCCUGCACGAUUCACGGGGAUGAGUGCUUGCCACCAAAUCCAUUCUCGGUACUAGAGGCCUUUCAUCGAAAGCGGUCGAAUGAUUUCGCGUACGCCGAUUUGGAUUGGAUAGUAUAAAGGAAUUGCUUGACUAUCGAUCAAUUACACAGUGUUGCCGCGGUUAUCUACAGACACAGACGAGCAUUGUUCAUUACUAUGGUGACGGCGCCUCCUUUACGCAUGCCCACGAACGACCUUUGGCUUAUACCUACACGAGAUCAGUGUCAGAAAGGAGCGUAGACAUCGGAACACGUACGGCUCUUCCAGAUACUUCGCCUCUUCGUCGGUCAGCUCGCCAUCCACGAUGCUCUCUGCGACGCGAUUGACCGAGUUGAUGCCGAC